AAUAAGUUAUGCUACAUGUCAAUACAUGUGUACGUGCCGUAGUACUCGUAAGGCUGCCUUUUAACUACGUCUUCCAGUGAUGCUACAUACAUAAUACACCUUGCGCUCCAUUCUCCCACUUCACCCAGUUCUAAGAAGCGAAAUGGCGUUUGGCGACUUUUUCAAAAUACUGAGGAAAAAGAAAGAGCUGAUUCCGUUGGUUGGAAUAAUGACGUUUGCCGUAACCGGCGCUACAUCUGCCUGUGUUUACUUCUUACUGUCCAAGACUGAUGUCAUUUUAAACAAAACACACAAUCCCGAGCCUUGGGAGGCUGUAGACCCCUCAAAACCUCAAAAGUUUAUCACCAUAAACCAGCAGUGGAAGCCUGUGGAGGAGCUCCAGAUCGUUAAGAAGCUGACCAAGUAAUCGCACCACGCCGUCCUCUCCCCGCCUGUCUGUGAAGCCCAUGCGUGCGUCCGUCCUCCUCGCCAUCCCUCGCUUCUUCUCCUCCAUCGCGCCCUCCGCUGUUCUCACCAGUCUCGCGGAAUCCUUUCUGCACAGACUCGCGCUCUCAGACUCAGUGUGCGGAAAUGCUUCUGCUGUAUUGGUGAGAGCUAAACGCGCAUGCUCACCCGUGCAGACGGGCUUGUAAAUGACUGAAGCUGCGCUGUGACUCUGGCUAAGGUCACCAAACACACUGGACGGGGGCUUAUUUUUGAAGUGAUGAACUGAACUGCAACGUAAUGUGACGAACGUGGGUUAUUUACUGUGCGUUUAUAUAUUUGUGUUGAAUAAAUGAAUUUACUGGG